AUGACUGAAAUAGGGACCAAAUUAAAUGCUAGACUAGAUAAGCAUGAUGAGAACAUUAGAAACAUCCAGAUGUCCCAAAUGAGUUUUGAGAAACAAGUUGCACAAGUGGCUAAUUCUUUGAACUUGCGUCCCCAAGGUGGGCUGCCCGGCGAUACUGAGCCCAAUCCAAAGCAAUUGCAUGCGGUAAGCACUAGAAGUGGGUUGCAAUUAGAGAAACUAGCUCCAAAGAAGAGAGACAUUGAGUCAAGUAACAAAGAAAAGAAUGUGGAAGAGGUAGUAAAAAGCUCCAAUGUUGAGGUACCCAUUCCUCAAAAGAAAUUACCACCUCCAUUUCCACAGAGGCUCAAAAAGAUGAAUGAAGAUGAAUGCUUCGGUAAGUUUCUCCCUCUCCUUAAACAGGUUCACAUUAAUCUACCUUUGGUUGACAUUUUGCAGGGUAUCCCGAAGUAUGCUAAAUACGUGAAGGACAUAGUGGCCAACAAGAGGAGACUCACUGAAUAUGAAACUGUAGCACUUACUGAGGAGUGCAGCUCAAGGAUUCAAAACAGAUUGCCCAAAAAGUUAAAAGAUCCGGAUAGUUUUACUGUGCAAAUUACAAUUGGACAAAGUGCUAAUGCCCGGGGGUUGUGUGAUUUGGGGGCAAAUAGAUCCAUUGCUAGGCUAGAAGGGGUGGUAGAAGAUGUGUUAGUGCAAGUAGGUUCAUUGAUUUUUCCAGUAGAUUUUGUGGUCUUAGACUUUGAACCCGAUUCUGAAGUUCCAUUUAUCUUGGGACGACCUUUCUUGGAUACGGGUAGGGCAUUGAUUGAUGUAGCAGCUGGUCAACUAACCAUGAGGGAACAUAAUAAGGUAGAGGUAUUUGAUGUUUAUUGCGCUUUAAAAUUACCUUCUAUUUAUGAAGAGCUGUCCACUAUUACUGUAAUUGAUAGUAUAAUAGAGUCACAAUUAGUUUUGCCCGAAGACCCAUUAGAAAGAGUGUUAGUGGGUCAACAGUUAGAGAGAGAUCCUGAAGUUCAAGAGACUGAAUCAUGCUUAAAUCUAGUAGUAGUAGAAACUCGUAGGAUUCAAGUGGUGUUUUUAAAUCGCGAGUUAGGACCCCCUCCAAAACCAUCAAUUGAAGAGGCUCCUAAGUUGUAG